AUGAUAUUCAUUUUGACAUUUAUAAUAAAAUGUCAAAUUUACCAGCAAAAUUUAGAUAAUUCUUAUUCAGUACUUAUUAUAUAACAAAAUUAUAUGUGAAAUGAUUGGAUAUUGAAGUCUGUUAAAAUUCAGUAGAAAUCAUGACAAAAGUAUGUCGAAUGUGUUUACAAAAAUUACAGAGAGGUUCCAAAUAUUUCAAUAUCAAUGCUGUCGAGUCAUUCACGGGAUUUAUGCCCUACCGAGAUCAAUUAACCACUUGCAUCCCAGAAAUGGCUUUGGAUCUCAUACCCAAUCCAGUUAUAUGUAAUACAUGUCGAACAGCUCUCAAGUCGGCCUAUGAUUUCAAGUCUCGCUGCCUGAUUAUUGAAAGGAAAAUUCAGCAAUACAUCGAAGGUCAAUCUGAUACAGAAGAAAUAAACUAUGACCUGUCUAGAAUACCUGCCACUGAUUUACCCCCAUUAAACAGAUAUCCAUUUUUGCAAAACGAAUUUGAACAAGAAGAGAGAACACAGAUCUCAGAAGAAACAAAAAUACUUAUUCAGAAAGAAGUAACUUUACCUAGAACAGGAGAAAUUGAAAUUGUUCAUGUGCGAGGUCGAAAAAGAAAACCUUUCACUGAAGAAACUAAAUCAUUGAAUUGUUCAAGAUGUGGUAUGAAUUUUCCCGAUGUUCGUAAAUUGUUAUUGCACAAAGCUGUGCACGGAGAUGAUUUUGUUUGCAAUUUUUGCAACAUGACUUUCAAGAGUUUACAGUAUUUGCGGAAACACAACAAUAUCUGUUCAAAAUCAUCAAAUUCAACUGAACCAACGUCCUCAAUUUUAACAAGGAGACCUCAUUUACCAACAAAAGCAAAAAAUCAUUUGAAACGCUGGCUCUUUCGUCACACAGAUCAUCCAUACCCAACAGAUCAUGAGAAACAAAUGCUCAUGCAGGAAACUAACCUAUCUUUGCUUCAAGUUGAGAAUUGGUUUAUUAACGCCAGGAGGAGAAUUCUACAGGAUUUAACAAAACUGAAAAAACUGAAAGGAGGCGAUCAUGAUGAUAUAAAUGAAUGCGCUAUAGGUCUGGAAAUGGAGUUGGAAGAAAUAGUUACCUCAGAGUCUCCUCCCCUUGUUGGGGAAUCAAUAUUAGAUCCAUUAGAAGAAGUGAACUUACCUGCUCCAUCGAAUGUAAUGAUCAAAGAAGAUCCUGAUGUAGACGAAGAGAGUUUGGAUAUAUCUGAGGUUAAAACUGAGUUAGUCGAUGACCGGUAAUUCAGUCUCAAAAUCGUUGAAAGUAAACAACUGAUUUGAUUGUUCAUAGGAGCUUCACAAAAAUAUUGAAUUACUCAGCUAUCCUGUUGAUUCAAUUUUUAGUUUUUUGAUCAAAGUAAUGUUUUUAUUUACAAAUUGUUUAAUCUGUAAAUUCGUAAAAGAUUGGUGUAUUGAA